CACAUAAAUCUCUGUCUCUCUCUAUCUCUCUCUCUCUCUACCUCUCGCGCUUUCUCGCUCGCUCGCUCGCUUGUGAUAUACAGGUGGAUAUCGCUGAGUAGGACGAACUCCGUGGUGGUGGAGAGUGGACCGAGCGGAGUCUGCGGCAUGACGCGGCGGUGCUCGCACUGCAGCAACAACGGGCACAACUCGCGGACGUGCCCGAAUCGCGGCGGCGGAGGCGGAGGUGUGAAGCUGUUCGGGGUGAGGCUAACAGAUGGGUCGAUCAUAAAGAAGAGCGCCAGCAUGGGAAACCUCUCGGCGCACUUCCACCAGGACUCGCCCCCCCCGUCCUCUGACCCCGUCCACGUCUCCGACGGUUACUUGUCCGACGACCCCGCCCCCGCCUCCAAUCGACGUGCCGACCGCAAGAAAGGUGUCCCAUGGACAGAAGAGGAACAUCGACUGUUCUUAAUUGGUCUUCAGAAGUUGGGGAAAGGGGACUGGCGUGGUAUAGCACGCAAUUUUGUCAUCUCAAGGACUCCUACACAAGUGGCAAGCCAUGCCCAGAAGUACUUCAUCCGGCAGACUAAUGCUAACCGACGAAAGAGACGUUCCAGCCUUUUUGACAUGGUUCCAGAUAUGGCCAUGGAUCCACCAUCUGUGCCAGAAGAACAAGUAUUGUUGCCUUCUUCUCAGGCAAGCGAAGCCGAUAAUGGCGACGCGUUACCCUCAUUAAAUCUCUCUCUCAAAUCGGAAUUUGAACCUAUGGAAGCCACAUCUAAAGAAAAAUUAAAAGAACCGGAGGAAAGUGUGACGGAAUCAAUUGGACUGGCGCCAAUGGUUCCUGGAUUGAUCCCUGCUUAUCUACCUUCUCCAUUCCUAUUCUGGUCACAAAAUACGGUUCCAAUGGAGGAAGAGAAGGGUGCAGAGAUAUCAAAUCAUAAGGUCUUGAAGCCAAAACCAAUGCUUCCCACCAAACCUGUCAAUGUUGAUGAACUUGUUGGCCUGUCUCAGCUCAGUCUCGGAGAGGAGGCUGAGAAACGCCAAAGAGAACCGUCACCACUCUCCUUAAAAUUGAUAGGAGAGCCCUCAAGGCAGUCAGCAUUUCAUGCAAAUGCUCCUGUCAGUGGGUCUGACUUAAACAAGCAGGGGGAGAGUAGUGUAAUCCAAGCAGUUUGAAAUGGGGCGAAGACAGCAGAAUUAAUAUCCUUUUCUUUUUUUCUUUUUUCUUUUUUUUUUUCUUUUUCUUUUUUCUCUUUAUUUUGUACAAUUAUAAUUUCACCAAGGCAUCUCGGUUUAUUUUUUUAUUAGAAUGAAGAAUUUCCAGUCUUUAUAACAUAGGUUAGAUCAAUUUAGUAGGAAAUAUUAUUCUUUCUGUGUAAACAGCUUAGCAGUUGAAAUAAUUGAAUCCAUUUGGCAAAACAGUUGUUUUUUUGUAGAUGAGCUCUUAGCGGUUCA